AUGGAUUUGGAUCUCUUGCCUGGAGAUUGCUUUGCACACAUUUUAUCACUCACUUCUCCCAGAGACGCAUGUCGGUCAUCUCUAGUCUCGUCGUCUGUCCGCUCUAUGGCCGAUUUGGAUAGCGUAUGGCAGAAAUUUCUGCCAUCGGAUUACGAAGAAAUCAUAGCCAGCUUGGUGUCUCCUGUGGUGUACUCCUCCAACAAAGAGUUGUUUCUCAGGUUAUGCAGUCCAUGUCUAAUCGAUGGUGGUAAGAAGAUUUUUUCGAUUGAUAAGUCAACGAGUAAAAAAUGUUACAUGUUGAGCGCAAAAGAGCUUUCAAUUACAUGGGGUAGCCAUCCUCUAUAUUGGUCAUGGAAGCCACUUCCUGAAUCAAGGUUUGCGGAAGUAGCUGAACUAAUUUGUAUGUGGUGGCUAGAAAUCUGUGGCACCAUGAGCACCAACAAGCUAUCUCCGAAAACCUUCUAUGCAGCCUAUCUCGUUGUGAAGUUCGCCGAUCGCGCAUAUGGAUUGGACUUUCUCCCUUCUGAGGUUUCAAUUGAAGUUGGCAGUUUCAAAUCACAAAGACAAGUCUACUUGAAUCCUAAUGAAGGAAGAAAAAAUCCUUUAGGACAUGUGCAUUCUCCGAACCGCCCGGUCGAGGCUUUGAGGUCAAGGUUGCUUCAAGAAGGGAGGGGAAAUGUUUGUGACCGAAAAGAUGGUUGGAUGGAGAUUGAAUUGGGGAGUUUUUUCAAUGGUGGCAAUGAUAAGGAAGUUAACAUUAGCUUAAAGGAAGUGAAAGGUCAACACCUUAAAGGCGGGCUUAUUGUUGAGGGAAUUGAGCUUAGGCCAAAAUAUUGAUCACGUUCCUUGUAUUCUCAUCUUCUUUUGAUGAUUUCUCUUAUAGUUUUCAUUUAGAUACAAUGGUUUAUUACUGUCUAUCUUCUUGGGGAUAUAGGAUUCUCCUUGGAUUAAUGAAAUAUAUUAGCACACAAGGCUGUUUUGGGAAU